AUGCCAUUGUUCCAGGAGAGGUUCCUCCCUUUGUGGAUCAAGAGCCCUUCCGCCAUUUCUUCAUGGAUUAGCUACGUCAAGAAGAACGACCGCGGCGUGAACGCCACCCAUGCGGAGGUGCGCAGCCUCGAUUGUCCCUUCAAACACGGCCCUGAGCGCCUCAAGUGGUUGCAGCAGAUCUUUGCUGAGCAGCAGUAUGGAGGAGGCGGAAAAUGCGAGUGGGGAUAUAAGCGGGUCACUCAUUGCUCCAUGACGGUGGGCGACAUUUUCAUCAUGGGCGAGCUGGUGUAUCUGUCAGCCUUCGACGGCUUCUGGGUGGUGAAUCUCAACGGCCAUUCGGAGUGCGUUCGUGUCGAGGACACCUUUGGCGCCACGGUGGAAGAGAAGGCUAGUGGAAGUGGAGACGUGCGGACAGAUCUGCAAGAGGCACUGGCCGCCUCGGUGGCUGUGGCACCAGAGCCCGUGCCCAAGCCCAAGCCUAAGAAGAUGCCAGGCAAAGGCGGUUUCAUGAGCUACGAUCCCCCGCGUUUGAUCCGAGACGCCCCAAUCAACCAGGAUGUCAAGGGUGGCAAGGGUGGCAAGGGUGAACAGGAGAAAGGCGACGGAAAGGGAAAAGGCAGCAACGCCACUGGCAACGUUGCCAACGACGCAGUUGCGGCAGAAGCUCAGCUCAACCUAGAUGUCAAGGGUGGCAAGGGCGAAAAGGAGAAAGGCGGCGGAAAGGGAAAAGGCAGCAACGCCACUGGCAACGUUGCCAACGACGCAGUUGCGGCAGAAGCUCAGCUCAACCUAGAUGUCAAGGGUGGCAAGGGCGAAAAGGAGAAAGGCGGCGGAAAGGGAAAAGGCAGCAACGCCACUGGCAACGUUGCCAACGACGCAGUUGCGGCAGAAGCUCAGCUCAACCUAGAUGUCCAGGGUGGCAAGGGCGAAAAGGAGAAAGGCGGCGGAAAGGGAAGGGCCAAAGGCAAGGGCAAGAAGGGCGGUAAGGAUUCCGCUGCCAAAGGCAACUGGGAGAAGGGUUAUGGCAAGGGAAAGGCCAAAGGAAAAGGCAAGAAGGAUAGCAAUGGCCAUGGCAAAGGUGCCAACGGCCCAGAGCACCAGCAGGUGAUGCCAGAAGCUCAGUUCAACGUGGAUGUCCCCGGUGGCAAGGGUGCAUGGGAGAAGGGCUACGGCAAAGGCAGGGCCAAGGGAAAGGGCAAGAAGGGCAGCGACGGCAAAGGAGCCAACAAUGCAGGUCACAAGGAUUUCACGGAUGUCAAGGGUGGCAAAGGCUAUCGAAACAAGGGCCAUGGCAAAGGAAAUGCCAAAGGAAAGGGCAAGAAAGGUGGCAAUGGCCAUGGCAAAGGUGCGAAUGACGCAGAGCACCAGCAUAUGAUGCCAGAAGCUCAGUUCAACCUGGAUGUCAGUGGCGGCAAGGGUGAACGGGAGAAGGGCAAUGGCAAAGGAAAGGCCAAAGGAAAAGGCAAGAAGGGAGGCAAGGAUUUCCAGGCCAAGGGGGAUUGGGACAAGGGCUACGGCAAGGGUAGCCCCAAGGGUAACGGCAAGAAGGGAGGCAAGGAUUUCCAGGCUAAGGGUGGUUGGGACAAGGGCUAUGGAAAGGCCAAUGCAAAGGGCAAGGGCAAGAAGGGCUUCGAGCAGAACAUCUACAUGUGCACUGGUUGGACGCCAUGGAUUGAAGGGAGCUGUGAAGGGAGCCGUGCCACGCUGUCGCAUCCCAAAAAAUGGCCAGCCAAGGAGCCAGGAAUUCGUGUUUUCUCAAGCUUGCCCUUCAAAAUUUUUGCACCGAGGCUACUAUCCGUUCUUUCCCCUUCAAAAUUGGUCAUAUUGAAUCUCCGCCCCCAAACAUCCUGGUUGGAUCUAUUCACAUGUUUGGGGGCUGCGAUGAAGGGUGAAUUGCUUGCCCUGUUUUGGUGGGCCAGUGAACAUGACAACUAUAUAAGAGAUAGCACCCAACAAUGGAUACAAUGGCAGUGUCCACAACCAAACCACUUUUCAUAUAUAUAUAUAUAUAUAGUUUCAUAA